CCCUCUCGUCACUCUUACAGGAUCGUGUUCUUGUUCAUGUAAAGCUUCAGACUUUUGUUUUUGUUGUUGUGUGUUCCCUCCGAUCGAAGCUAGGUGGAGAUAGAGAUGGCCGGAGCUAAUGAUGAUGAUGAUCGUAACAACCAAUCGACGGAUUCCGCCGCACAUGUCGCUGGAAAACGCGGGAACAAGGAGGAGGAUUAUUCUACUCUUGUUGAAAUCUCGUGCUCGAUUUGCCUCGAGUUGGUGAUCGACGAUGAUUCCAGAUCCAUGGCUAAGCUCCAAUGUGGUCACCAAUUCCAUUUGGGGAACUGGAACCUUCAGCCACUACAUGUCUAGUCCAAGAACCUCACCAGCAGCUAACACUCAACAAGGAAGCAGCAGCAGCGCCCAAAUGCGUGAACACCUUUAGCAGCAGCAGCAUCAUGUUUAUAGUAACCAGAGGCAACAUCAUCAUUUUAAUGGUCCCAAUCUCGCAUCACCUCUGGUCUCUGUGGUUGAUCUUACGUUAAUUGGCAUUUGUGAAGGUAACGCUAGGGAUAAAAGAUGUUGUUUUUAAGGCAGAGAUGUUGUUCUUAGCAGAUGCUCUUGAGCUCGAAAUUC